AUGCCCUCACAGGUGGAGUACGCUCAGUAUGUAAGCUUCAAAAUAUCGACAUACAGUAUUACUCUCGUGGCAAGCGCAACACCAGCAGCUCCAUCCACCAAAGAGACGACCAACUACGCACGCUUGUGUCGUCUCCUGGUUGAUGUUGGUACCCAGGCCCUCAGGGACACACUUGAUGCCAUUCACGCACCAGCAAAUCUCCACGCAGUUUUGGCGGCAAAUAAAGCCAUUUUACAGGGUCUCAGAACGAGAAGAAUUAUCAAUGCUACGCAAUGGGGAAAGCUCUUUCCUGUCAUUCCUUCUGCAGUGUCUUCAAAAACUUUUGACACUACUCUUUUGAUGGUUCUCUUAAGAAACUUGUGCGGCUUACCUUCUCCAAUAACCGGAUGGGACACACUUCCCGCUGCAACGGACAUGAGUCGUGAGGCGGAUAUUGCUCGUAUUAAGUACUUUAGAAACACCGUGUACGCGCAUGCCGAACAAGCUUCGGUUGAUGACACAACGUUCAACGCGUACUGGCAAGACAUCCGGGACACUCUGGUGAGGCUAGGAGGAGUUAGGUACAGGGCACCUAUUGACAAUCUGGAAACUGAGUGCAUGGACCCUGAAAUUGAAGAUCACUACAAACAACUUCUUAGUGAAUGGAAAAAGGACGAGGACAACAUAAAAGAUGAGCUAAAAGAGAUUGGAGCCGAGAUUAGAGAUGUCGGAACCAUGAUGACAGAUGUCAUGAAAAAACUUGAUGAUUUAACAGCAGCAACUGCGAAAAACCGAGAGGAAUCAAGUGAAGAAGGUACAAGCUCCAAAGUGGAAGAAUCGGUGGAGACCUCUGUCAUGUGUAGAGAGAAACAUCACGGGAAUGAGCCUCUCAAUUAUUACUGUCAGGACUGCAAAGUUUGCAUUUGCGACAAGUGUGGACAAACACGUCAUUCAAAUCACACCAAGGUGAAUAUCAAGCAAGCCGCCGAAGAACAAAAACUAAAGAUGGCGGAGCUUGUGCGGGAAAUGAAAGUAGAGAUUGCUGAGCACACGACCCAGAUGGAGAAAACAACAGAGAUGUUGAAGAAAAACGGAGAGAAAAUUGCUGCGGCUCGUAACAAAGUGUUAACCACUGUUGAAGAACUCAUUCGAGUGUUAAAGGAACACGAGAUCGCCAUGGUGACCAAGUUAGAUGUUAUUGAGAACGAACAGCAAAAAGAUUACUCACUACAGUUAGAACACUUUCAGAUAUCUGCCAAGCAACUGGAAACGUCUGUGGAACAUUGCCAAAGAAUUUUACAAGGAAACAACGGCGUUGAAACUCUUGAAGCGCAGCAGGGUGUCAUGGAAAAGUGCAAAGGUCUCCUAAAUGCGAGGAAAAUGAACAUUUAUAAACCAUCGUAUGUUCAAUACAAGACAAACGAAGAGGAUAUCCAGCAUGUUAGACGCGCGUUUCUUGGUGAAGUUGUUGUCAGCCAGCUUCUCUUCCAGCUUCUGCUUGUUUUAAGCCUUUCCCUUCCGCCACUGAUUGCCGAGGAUCAGUUGUACUGA